UUUGAAAUAUAAUUAUAGAAGUGCACCACAGGCGCAUUUUAGUACAUGUCACUGUAGAAAAACACAUAUAAUUCCCUUUUUGUCUCCUUUCUUUCUCUUAGGGUUCAUUCAGUUCCUCUCUCACUCCACACUGUCUACAAACCAUCAUCUUCUUGGAUGGUCUGCAGCUUGGUCUAAAAUUUAGGAUUUGUUCAAGGAAGUACUUAUAAGAGAUGUCGAGUGGGAGCUAUACACACUGGUGCCACAGAUGCAGGCAGCCAAUUCGGCCUCGAGGAACUACUUGUCUUUGUCCAAAUUGUGGCGGAGGUUUCGUUGAAGAGCUCGAUGACAUGGUAGGUACUAGAUCUAAUAUUGAGGCUGAUCCUCAUUUUGGAUUGAUGGAUCCUUUCCCGGACCCAAGAUUUGGUAUAAUGGAUGCCCUUGCUGCAUUCAUGAGGCAGAGAAUGGCAGGAAGAAACCCAAACUUUGACAUUAGGACAAGAUCUGGUGUUGUUCCUGGAAGUGGGAGGGGUUUUGGUUCUGGUCCAUGGUUGAUAUUUCAUGGCCAAACUCCUGUUAGUAUGACCGAAAAUGAUGCAUUUGAGUACUUUUUCUCCAAUGGAAGCCCAGCAAUGGGGCAUCGGCGACCAAAUUUUGAUGAUUUGAUGGGGCCUGGGCUGCAACAGUUAAUUGAGCAGCUCAGUUUGAAUGAUCGGCAGGGGCCUCCCCCGGCACCUCGUUCUGCAAUAGAUGCUUUGCCUACUGUCAGAAUCACUCAAAGGCACCUCAGCAUUGAUUCUCAGUGCUCAGUUUGUCAAGAUAACUUUGAAUUAGGUUCUGAAGCAAGGCAAAUGCCAUGUAAGCAUCUUUACCAUUCAGAUUGUAUCGUACCAUGGUUGGUUAGGCACAACUCGUGCCCUGUUUGCCGUCUUGAGCUGCCUUCACAAGCUUCUGCGAGUGCCCCAGCCAAUUGGAGUUCCAGAACUGGAAACGUUAGCAAUGGCAGCAACGGUAGUAGCAGGGAGAAUAGCAGUCAGAACCAAGGGAGGAGGAAUCCUUUUUCAUUCUUGUGGCCUUUUCGCUCGUCCAACCAAAACACUAGCAACUACCCUGAGAGGGGAGGAGGAAGUAGCUCAACAUCACCCUAUGAAGAGAACAAUGAAGCAAAUUACCCUGCGUGGCGCUUUUAAUUAUAGAAAUUUUCUUUCCAGCAUCUUGGAUUUUGCCUACUUUCAAGGGGUUAUGUUGAGUGCCAGAUCUUUGAGUUAUCCUAGAUGUAGUGGAAGUGUUUUUUUACAAUAUGUUGUAAUAUGGGAUGGAAGUUGUUCUUCAAAGGUGUAUAGGUGGGAGACAUCUUGAAAUGGUUUAAGGGACUUCUGUAAAUGAUGUUCUCAAAAUGUUAAAUGAUACAUCUGUUCUUGAUAAUAAAUUUGCUUCUAGUUAGAAUUA